CGAAUAUUCUCCUAGCGUUUACCUUUCACGACUUUGCCGCCGACGCCGACAUAAGUUCGGCAUACUUCGCGGUCUCGGUGCGCGGCGAUUUCUUAGAUUGCCUCCGGAGGACCCUGGGAGUGUGCGAGCACGAGCCACGCACACGAGGCAUCGUGGAGGCGGUCGAUCAUCCUUGUCUGUGAGGCAAACUAGGCAACGCCCCACAACACAGCCUUACUAGAUCCGCCCCUACAGAGGGCAGCAUUGCGUAUCGAGAUCGGCAAGUUUCGUAGUAUUUAGUCAGCCAAUGCGCUAUUGGGAACGUGUUGUGAGCUAUGAGCGGUCCACCGACACAAGUGCCCCCAUGUGUACCCGACGACAUCCACUAUCCUGAGGGUCAUCGGUAUACGCCUCGAACGGAAUAUCACCCAGGAGACCGAGUAAUCGUCUGGACAUCCGAUAGAACGAACUCGAUGGCAAAGUGGCAUCACAGUGUUGUUCUAGAUAGGGAGCCUCGUGAAGAGAACAAUGGAAUGAAGUCGUAUCCAGCGGCUCUGCCAGGACCCAACGCCAUAGGAUGGUUCAAUCCUGAGAAGAACGAAAUCCUAUACGAUAAUCUACUCAGCCAGAAAAACCCUCGACAACGUUGAUUGUUUGUAGUCCGUUACGACGGUCUUUCAAGUUGCAUUGUAAUUGUAUGUAUCGUAAUUGUAUGUAUCAUUCCC